AAGAGACAGAACUAAAACCCUCCCAAAAACAAUCCGAAAGCUAAAACCCAGUUCGAAGUUUUGACAUUUCCCAUCGCCUCCUCCUCUAUGGCGUUAUUCAAGUCGGCGAGCCAGUGCUCCCAAUUUCUCCUCGUUUAACCCUCCAAUCGAGGUGGGAGUCUGGUUUGAUUCUUACAAGUCAACAAUCCAAUUAAGGAUAACCAAAGAAACUAGGAAUGGAGAGUGCUAGAAUAGCAAGGUGUAGUUAUGGUGCAGUUACUGUCGUCAUUGCAUUGUUUGAACACAGUAAAUAUGCAGAUAUCUGUAAUGAGAUGUGUUUAAGGUUCAAGGAACUAAAAGUAGGGAGUUUUGAGCUGACAUAUUCUCUUCCUGAGCAUCCUAAUUGCUUGCUGCAAUCGGAUAUGGAUGUGCAUUUGAUGCUUAUGUGUUUAUCGAUGUUGAAGAGUAGUUUUGUUGAUAUUUCGGUGAAGGAUCUUUUGAGUUCAAAUAACGAGGAUGGCAAUCAUGCAACAUCUAAUCAUGCGGCGCCUAAUCACGCACCUUAUAGUCAUGCAGUUUCUAAUCGUGCAGCUCCUGAUCAUGCUGCAUCUAAUGAUGCAACAUCUGAUCAUGCAGCGGUUGAUCAUGGAGCGUCUAAUCAUGCGACACCUGGAGCUCCUAAUCAUGCAUUGUCUGCUGAUGCAAUGUCUAACCACACAACUUCUAAUGAUGCAACAUCUAAUCAUGCAGCGUCUAGUGAUGUAAUAUCUAAUCAUACAGCAUCUAAUGAUGUAAUAUCUAAUCAUGCUGCCUCUAAUGAUGCAAUAUCCAAUCGUGCAGCAUGUGGUGAUGCAAUAUCUAAUCGUGCAGCAUGUGGUGAUGCAAUAUCUAAUCAUGCAGCAUCUAAUCAUUUAGCGUCUUCAUCAUGCAUGUUAGAUAGUAGUGCUUUUGAUGAGAAUGAACAUUUGGGGACCUCCAGAUUUCAUGUAAGCGAGACAUAUUUGUCUCAGGGUUGGAAGGAAUAUAUUAAUAAUGUGGGCCAGAAGUUUGAAGGGGGUGUAGCUGAAUUUCGUAACAAGUUGUGUAAGUAUGCCUUUGCGACUGGAUUUCGUUUUGCUUUUGUAAAGAAUGAAAAAGAACGUGUUAUUGCUGAAUGUUUUAAGAAGAUCUCAGAUGGAUGUAAUUGGCGUAUACAUGCUUCGGUGUGUCGGUUGAAUGGUUUUUUCUACAUUAAGUCUUUAAAUAAAGUUCACACUUGCACUGGUGCUAUUUGUGAGGAGAAAAGUAAGAUGAUGAGCUCAAGGAUUAUAUCUUCUGUUUUGGUGGAUCGAAUCCAGGAAGAACCAUUUAUUAAGCCUGUUGAUAUUGUCAAGGAUUUUAAGCAGAACUAUGGUCUUGAUAUCUCUUACCAUACUGCAUGGUAUGCAAAAAAUUUGGCGAAGAGCGAGGUUCAUGGUGAUGAAUCCUCGUCUUAUAGUCGAUUAGUUUGGUAUAGUGAUGCUUUAAUGUCAUCCAAUCGGGGGUCACAUUGUGUCUUGGAGUGUGAUCCCAAGACUUCUCGUUUUCGGAGAUUGUUUAUUUGUUAUGGUGCAUGCAUUGAGGGCUUUCGGUGGUGCAGACCUUUGUUGUUCAUAGAUCUGACUGGUCUAGAAAGUAAGCAUAAGGGGCAACUAAUUGGUGCCACGGGAAAGAAUGGAAACCAAGGAUCUUUUCCCUUUGCUUUUGCUAUCGUGGACUCGGAAAAUGAGGAAAAUUGGAGCUGGUUCUUUGAAAACUUAGCUAAAGUUUUGACUCCUCAAGGUAGGACGAUUACAUUUAUAUCUGAUCAUAACAAGGGUCUCACCGAAGCUGUUUCAAACAUGUUUCCAACAUCCCAUCAUGCAUUUUGCCUGCAGCAUUUGAAACAGAACCUUUUAUCUAAAUAUCCUUCUACGUAUGGCAAAUUUUUCCGGGAUCACAUUGUUGAUCUUUUUUUGAAAUGCGCUUAUGCUCCUACUAAAGCUGCUUUUGAGAUUAAUAUGAGAAAUUUAAAACAUGAGGGUGGUGCUCCUGUUAUGACUUUUUUAGAAGAUCUUCCAAAGGAGAGUUGGUCAUAUGCCUAUUUUAAGGGUAAUCGAUAUGGUGAAAUAUGCAACAAUGCUUCUGAAUCAUUUAAUUCUUGGAUUUUUGAGCUACGUGCUUUGCCAAUCUGUCAAAUGGUUGAUGGCAUCAGGAGUAAACUCAUGAAAAUGAUGGCUGAAUGGAGUCAUAAAGCAGAGCAGUGGUGUUCUGUUCUAUGUCCUGUGAUUGAGAGAACCUUGAACGAAAGGUUGAUGGUUGGUAGGAAUUGGAAUGUUAAUCGUUGUAGUGCUUCUGUCUAUGAUGUGCAUGCUGAAAUCUGUGUCAAGGUUGAUUUGGCUAAUCGUUUGUGCUCCUGUCAUGAGUGGCAAAUAAAAGGCUUUCCUUGUGUUCAUGCACUUGUUGCUAUUCAAAAAGAUUCUGGUUGCAUUCAUGAGUAUACUGAUGACCACUUCAAGUCAAGCUACUUUAGAUGUUCAUAUGCGUUUAGUAUUUCUCCCAUACCUGACAUUAAGAAUGUGAUGCAAGAGGGUUCAGAAGAUGUUAUCAUGCCUCCUCUUACUAAGAAGAGACGCGGUAGACCAAGGACUAAAAUGCCAAAAUCUGUUCAUGAAGUUUAAAAGGUUGGUAAAUCUGGUCGGUGCGGUUGGAGCGCAUAAUAAGAAGUGUACAGGAAAUAUUUUAUCGUCUUGCAGAUUUUGGUUGUAGUGUACAACAAUUAUAUAAGUUUUUUUUUUUUGGGUAUCA